AUCCUGCUCUCCGACGGCGAAGCUUUUCUUCUUCCUCCUUCUGCUCUCCUCGGCUCUGACGGCUAACUCUGCUUCUUCCUUCUUCUCUCCAGCUCUCUGACGGCGUAGCUCGCGGACUCGUGCUACUGCGGCGCGUCUACUCUCUCCUCAACGGCUUCGUGAAGCUUCAAGCUCGCCGUCACUCUCCCUCUGUUAGGUUUAAAGGUUUCAAUUGGGUGAAUAUGUCUGGUGAAGAGGAAGAAAAUGCUGCAGAGCUUAAAAUUGGUGAUGAGUUUUUGAAGGCAAAGUGCUUGAUGAACUGUGAAGUUGCAUUAAUUCUUGAGCACAAGUAUGAGCAGCUUCAGCAGACUUCUGAAGAUCCUAUGAAUCAAGUUUCUCAGGUAUUUGAGAAAUCAUUGCAGUAUGUGAAGCGCUUCAGCCGCUAUAAAAAUCCUGAUGCUGUUAGACAAGUACGAGAAAUUCUAAGUAGAUAUCAGUUGGCUGAGUUUGAGCUGUGUGUCCUUGGAAAUCUUUGCCCUGAAACAGUUGAGGAAGCUAUUGCAAUGGUGCCUUCCAUUAAGACAAGAGGACGGUCUCAGGAUGAUGAUGCGAUUGAGAAAAUGUUGAAUGACCUGUCGCUUAUCAAGAAAUUUGAAUAGAUACCAGUCCAAUUAUCCCCAGAAGUUAUAAACAUUCUGUGUUGUGUAAGAUUUUAUGUAUAAUAUGGUGAACCCCGGACUACGAACGAGGAUGUUUUUGUAGUAUUUAUACCUAUCUUGUGACUUCAACCAACAUUUAUGUAUACUAUGGUGAGGAAUUCAAGGCUAUCUUCCACUAAGACACAAAUGAUCGUCAUUGGAUUUAAGCUGCUACACAGGACAAAGUGCUGCUACAUCUCAUAACUCUGCAUAUCAGCUCUGUCACUGUCAGCAUAGGGCUUAUAGCAGAGAAUGUAAUAUCUGGCUGAAGAUUUAUAAACAUUGAGGAAGCACUUACUGCUACUGCUUCAUCUCUUUCAAUGAUGUAGAACAGCAACUCUUUUUAGAAACGUUCAUUGCAUACUGAUUGUCGUUCAUUUCAACUCCAAAGAUUUGGUUGUUAACAGAGCACAAUGGUGAUGUUUAAUUUAUGAACAGACCCUACCUAGUCAAAUAAGGUUAUUUGUUGUU